AGAAUUAUAUAUUGUUUCAAAAACAAGAAAAUCCGUUCAAAAAAAUCGAAUUUUAGCCUAAAUUAAAUUUAUUUCUUAGCCGUUUCAAGCAAUUAUUUAUUGCAAUAAAAGCUUUAUCUGCGAAAAGGGGAAUUGAUAUUUCUGUGGAUAUUAAUUGGCUAUGCAUGCAACUUUUGUAGCCAGCAAAAUGAAGAUCUUUGCAGCAGACGUUGUCGUUGAUAGCAGCAAGCCAGCAUCCACGUCCGUUCAGCAGCAGAAGCUAACGCAGCAGCAGCGUGAGUUUCGGCAGCGGCUGUCCGCCGGGUCGCCAAUCCCAAAGACGGGGCAGUGCCAGCUUAAGUUCCCCAAAUACAACGGCAAGACCGGCCAUUUGCUGCGCCAGGUGACAAGCUACCAUAACAACAACAACAGCGGCAGCAACAACAACAACAUUGGCGAAGUCAACAAGCAACAUCAGUCUAACCAUUACAGCAACAACAGCAGCUCUAUGGCACGCAAAAAACACUUUGACAACACCAACAACAAUAACAGCGAGCAGCAGCAACAAUCUUCAUACUAUCAGCCUCAGCAACACCAGCUAAACAAUAACAACCACAACAAUAAUAACAAUUUGUUAAUGAAGAAUAAAAAUAUAAUUGAGCAACCAAUACCUGAUUGCAAGAUUAGUGACAGCAACAGCAGCAAGAUGCAAAGUAAGCCAGUAAAAUGGCUCAACGGCAGCAGCAACAGCACCAAAAUUAACGUCAAUUGCAACAUCAGCUGCAGCAACAAUAACAAGAAGCGCAACUCGCUUCCCACAUCAGCAGAAGUAACUUCUGCCUAUUACCGGGGUUGUCCCAGCUCCUUAAACUGCGAACUCGCUGAAGAGUUGGAAGCAACUUCAAAAUCAUCCACCGCGGAUCCGAAUACGACCCAUGGAAGUCAUCCAGCUUCGAAGCCUAGCCAACCCAAAGAGCCUCGGGUGGAAGCGGAAGAGCUAGUGGCCGUGGGGUUCAGGCGCAAGGAGCAGGAACAACUUACUCAAGAAGCGACUAAGCAGCGACCCCUGCAGCAACAGCCACUGAGCUUCUGGAAGACAAACUACUCGCAGCCAGCGGAAAAUCAAAUUAAAGAUAAGCAAGUGAUUCCACCACCAGUGUCACGAUCUGCUGAUCAUCAGCAACAGCAGCAGCAACGGCCGCUAUCGUUUGAACAUAGACGUAACUCCGGAUACCACUCACAUCAGCAGCAGAAUUACUAUCAAUACUAUUAUCCGCAGCCGAAGCAGUUGACAAUCGCCUCUUUCUUGCAGAAAGAGCUAUUUCCCGAUAGUAGUGACGCAAGCAGUCAACAGAACGGUAGUGGAACGGCAACUGGUAAUGGCACCAACAAUGCCAAUGCCAGUGCUAACAACAACGUUUUGCGGCAGCAAAACACACACCAGUCUGUGGGAUCAGACUAUUCGUCGCAACGGUACCGCAACUCCCAUUAUGCCCAGUACCAGCAAUACCAGCAUCACCACAAUCCACAACAUCACCACCCACAUCAGUACGGGAUGAACUCCUCGCACUUCAGGCGUAAGCACGCUGAUAGCCAUGGACAAAGCUGCAACAACAACAAGAAGGCGCCAGGUGGAAGCGGCGAGUCGUAUAAACAGCAUCCGCACCAAAUGGAGCUACAGAACACUAUCGAGAUCCUAGCCAGCAGCAACGUGAACGCCAUGCAUCGGCGCAUGCAUGGAGGCGAGGGAAAAAACGGAUAUUACCAGCACUACCAUCCCCUCAUGGCAGAACACCAAAACUUAUACAAUCUCACCUACAUCAAUGUGGAUAUUUCAGUGCCUAGUAGCGAUCCAGCCAUAGGAACUGAAGCAGGAUUAGGCACCGGAGCCUCAGCAGGUUCGAAGCAGCUAGGCGUCAAGUCCUCCUUGCUGGUGAAACCGAGCAUUACCUUGACGACAAUCUCAACCCCGCCACCUGUGGGAGGAGGUGGGCAUCCAAUUCGUUCCUUGCCGACUCCUAUCACUGCCUCUGUGCGUGGUUCCUGUUCCGCUUCCCUACCGACUCCCACUCUCGGUCAUAGUAUAUACGUGACGUCCCCGAACGCUUUUCCAGUGCCCAUUAAUGGGCAUGCUGUCCUCUCUCCCGUGGCCACCACGCCCACAAACAUGAUCAGCUGCGCCCAGCUGGAUGAGGAGAUUACGGCGGCUGCAGCCAGUGGGUCUGGAGAUUUGUCUUCGGUGCAAAAUCCUAGUUAUCCGCCAACUGUACCGUACAUGUUGACACACCAGCAGUCGCACCCGCAGCGGCUGCACUUAGUACCACCGACCAACAAUGCACAGCCACCGCAGCCGCCGCAACCGGUCUUUUUCCACUUUGGCGACGGAUACAACUCUGGAGGAUCAGGGACCCCAUCUGCUGUAUGGUCGCAUCCUGGGUCAGCCUGUUACCAGGCUUCAUUUGGCUCAAGUGUCAGUAGUAGCUCUAACCACAGCAAGGAUGUUUACUCCGCUGGCCUGCGUCCAGUCUCACCGGCGCUUUCGUCCUGCUCCCUGGGCAGUGACUCUCAUUGGAGCUGCAGUAAUCGCAGUCGCCUGGGUCAAGGAGACCUGUCGAUUUCCGGCCAGUUGUCACCCCAUCUGGUCGAGAUAUCUGGUCCACGGGCCCCUCUGCCGAAGCCAAUAUACCACUCUCCACUCCCUCAACCACCGCCACCCCCACCACUUUACCACACCCAUUCCAGCGUACAUGGGCCAAUUAAUGUGCAUGGAAUGCCCACUUAUGGGACACUUCGCCCCCAGCCUCUCCAAGUAUCAUCGCCGACCCCGCCGGUUGGGGCCUUGGGUGCUUCGUGGUACGACCUAGUCCUACCCCCCGACCGUUACUUGGCUCAGGCCCGGAACAUAGAAAUCGUAACCCAGCCGGAGCAACUGGUUUGCCUGUGCAAGUACGACGACCUUUCGGUGGAGAUCUGGAAAAGAUUCCGGGAUGCUCAGCAGACCCACAAGAAGUUCAAGGUUAAGAUGCGGCUCUGGCGUUAUCUAUUUCUCUGGAUGAAUCAGCCCAUGUUCGAGCGGUAUCGAAUUUGCCUAGUUGGAUCGACCAUCACGGGCUUUGGCACAGACUCCUCCGACAUCGACAUGUGCCUCCUUCCGGAGCAGCUGACGCAACGCCCCCAAUCCCAGCAUCAAAUGCAGCACCAGUUCCAUAAUGAAAAGCGCACCGAUGCCCUGCUCAUCCUGUCUUUGAUUAAUGUAGUUCUCAAGGACACUGAGGUAUUCCAAGACUUUAAUCUGAUUGAGGCGAGAGUGCCGAUCCUCCGAUUUAAGGACACCCUUAAUGGCAUCGAAGUCGACCUUAAUUUCAACAAUUGUGUGGGCAUUAAAAACACUUACCUGCUCCAACUUUAUGCUCAACUGGAUUGGCGGACUCGGCCACUGGUGGUGAUUGUAAAACUUUGGGCCCAGUACCACGACAUCAACGACGCCAAACGGAUGACCAUUUCUAGCUACUCGCUGGUGCUAAUGGUCCUGCACUAUUUGCAGUACGGAUGCAUUCCACACGUUCUACCGUGUUUGCACAGCCUUUACCCGGAGAAGUUCCAUCUUGAUCAGCAGGACUGCCUUGACCUGGAUCUCAUUGAGCCGAUCGAGCCGUACCAGACGCACAAUACCCAGGCUCUUGGGGAGCAUCUGCUUGGAUUUUUUAAGUAUUAUAGCAACUUUGACUUCCGCAACUAUGCGAUCUCCAUACGCACUGGAGGCGUUCUGCCCGUGUCUACUUGCAGGCUGGCUAAGAGCCAAAAAAACGACGUGUACCAAUGGAAGGAGCUGAAUAUAGAGGAGCCCUUCGAUCUAUCCAACACGGCUCGCUCCGUUUAUGACUAUGCCACUUUCGAACGCGUCAAAUACAUAUUCGUGACCUCCGGUCGCCGCUUGGAGCACACCCUGGACCUGGCUUCAAUCUUUCGGCCAAUUGCAAACGUUCACAACCAUCACAACCAUGUCCGCAGUAAUCUGGAUAGCAGGAGCCGUACCGUAUCAGCUGACAGUACUAGUUCGGAUAUUCCUUUGGGUUUAGGUGAAGCGACAAGUCCACACGUUGCCUUCUAG